AAUGAGUGCGGCGAUAAAGACGAGCUGCUGCAGUAUAAAUAUCUGAGAGCACAGGGAGAAAGUGCGUCAGUUCAAGGGUGGCACUGGAGAGGAGGCACAGAGAGCCAAAGAGGGACAAGAGGGAACAGAGAAGAACAACAAGAGGCUGAAUGCAAGCAAGAGACGCAGAAAGUGAAGCACUGACAGAAAUACAGCAACAGAGGAUUUCUAUAUGAUAUAGUGGAAAGUUCAAAUCAGAAAUGGCAAACACAGCAGGAGGAGUACUCUUGGUUUUACUCUUGGUCCUGAGUGGCAGUGUGCCAUGUUUUUCCGUGUAUAACAGUGGGGAGUGCUUCUUCAACACCAAAGGGAGCUGUGAACACAUGGGACACGUUUACGGGAUAGGAGAGAGCUGGAUCACCAGUGACUGCUACCAGUGUGUCUGCAUGGAGCCUUUCGGAGUAGGAUGCUGUGACCAUGGAUCUAAACCUGUGGACUAUCCGGACUGGUGUGAGAUCAUCCGUAAACCUGAUGACUCUUGCACUAGUGUUGCAGUGAUGAGAGCCAAUCAUAAACUACCAUGUCUCUGGGGACGAGGCCAUCUCAGACCAGCUGCAGGCCAACCAUGGAAAUCUGACAAUGAUCCUCUAUUUUGAAUUAACAUAAAAAUAAAGAAAUAAAUAAAAACAAAAAAAAAAACAGCAAUAAAGAAAUGUGUGAUGUUUAGUUUGAAUUCCAUAAAUAAAGGUCACAAGUUUUAUUUUAUUAUGAAAUUUGAGAGAGACUUAACCAAACUGGAUUAUCAUUUCAUACUUUUCAAUUGUGUUGUUGAUGUUUGUUGUUGAUGAGCUUGUCUGAAUGGCUGGUUUAUUUCUGGUUGAUGUUUUAUGAUUCAGUAAAAACUAUAGGCCUAUGUCCAAUUUCUUGUUUUGUCACGUGUUACUUAUCAUUAUACUAUUUAAACAUGAAAUAUCAAUAUAUUUACUAAUAAAUGUUCUAACUAG